AUGUUAUUUUUAUUACCCCUUUUGAUGUUGUAUAAGGUAAGACAAAGCGAAUUAGAAAAGUUAUUGAAAUUACAUUAUUUUGGAGAAAAUGUUGGAGAUAUUAUGAUGAUACUAGAUAAUCAAAACCAUGGUAAUUAUAAGGACGCUUGCAGUUUUGUCAAUGAAUGUCUUCAUUUAUUUAGAGAGUUAAAAAAAAAUUAUUGCCAAGAAGAAAAAGCUGUUGAUUAUAAAAGUAAUAAUGCUGUUUGUAGCAUAUUAGGUGGAUUUGAGAAUACUUAUGAAUAUAAACUUUAUAGUCCUUUAAAAAGCCAUAAUAAAAUGUCAUCCUUAUUGCAAUAUCCAGAAUCAGCACAAGUAAGAUGUGAUAUAAGUGAUUCAUUGUAUUAUACUCCAUUUUGGAGUUUGUAUAAAACCAAUUCGGAAGAAUUUUCAGUAUUAGGAAAUUUUGUUGUUUCUGGUUUUGUCAUGUUUGCCGUAUACUUAAUUCUGCUAAUUUUGUACAAGUUUCUCAUUCUGCACACAAUAUAUAUGAGUUAUUAUCUCAUUUUUUCCAUUUUUUCUGAUCAGUUUACACCCAUCGGGAUGAGAUUCAAACCUGGAGGACGUAGACAGGCAAGACGAAUAUGGAGAAAAAUCGAAAUGGAUCAAUUCAGAGAUUCUGCAAGUAGCUUAUAUAGUGAUGAUAGCGAGAGCAUAUAUUCAGACAAUCACGAUGGAUCAUCCAGCACAUUUGUAUAUGGAAAUAACAGAUAUUAUUAA